CAGCACACAGCCCAGCAGGCGUCCAGGGCACGCGCGGGGCUCUGCGGGCUGCGCUCCUUAGUCUCAGCGAACUUUUGGAACACAAGCCUACUUCUUUCCUUCACAGUUAGGCAAGAAUUAAUUUGCCAAGCGUGUGCUCCAGGCAAGAAGAGAUCCGGCCGUGUAGAGAAAAUAGCCCAAAAUUUCAGCUGAUAACUGUUCCAAUCAGACAGAGGAGAGGAUGUCAGUCAAUCCAAGUCGACCUUCCUCAUCAGAGCUCGUGGAACUUCAUGUUUUUUAUGUCCCUGAAGGAUCAUGGAACUAUAAGUUAAAUACCAUUUCAAUAGAAGUUGUUAACAAAUUCAUUUCAGCUGGAUUUAUAAGAGUAUCUCCUCAUCUUACUUUACAAGCCCUGAGGGAACGUCUUGGUGAGUUUCUCGGUGAAGAUGCUGUUGCAGAAAAAUUCUUAUUUCUGAAAUGCAUUGGAAAUAAUUUAGCUGUGGUAAAGGAAAAACAAGAAUCAGAACUGAAACUCAAAUCAUUUGCUCCUCCAUAUGCUCUUCAACCAGAAUUGUAUUUGCUUCCUAUAAUGGACCAUUUAGGAAAUGUGUAUUCAGCAUCAACAGUUACUAUAGAUGAGCGGCAGAGUAAUAAUGAUGUUGCUGAGGUUGAUGGAACAGUUCUCAGACCAGUUAGUGUAACUUUGUCAAAAGAAGAAUCUGGAAGAGAUCCCAGUUUGUUAGAAAACACUCUGAAAGAACUUCUUAACAGGAAUCAGGAAGAAGCUGGGGAAAAAGACGUUCGAAAAGAAAGCCAGACUGCACAAAAUCAAAUUGGAAAUUCUGAGUUGCCAGGAUCAUUGGAAGAUUCAGAUAAUGAUUAUUGUAGCAUUAAAAAAAGUCAGUUUAUUUGGAAAGAUGAAGAUGAUGCAGCUCUCAGAAGACAGAACGAUCAGACAGGUGAAAAAGAUUAUAUCAGCCCGCCAGAUCUUAUUAAUUUUCCUUCACUUCCUUGUCAACCUGCUCUUUCUCCAGCAAUAACUGAUCCCUCUUUUUCACAGAUUGAAAGAGAGAAGAUUGUUGAACAAAUGAAACAAGUAAAAGAAGAAAGAAGACAUCUAGAAAGAAUUAGAGAAGUACUAUUAAAAAAAGUUGAAAAACUAUUUGAACAGAACAAAUUGAAACGAUAUCAUGCCUGUGAUAGUUGGAAGAAAAAAUACCUUGAGACUAAGAAAGUUACAGCAUCAUUGGAGGAGGUCUUAACAAAACUUCGAGAAGAUUUGGAACUUUAUUAUAAAAAAUUGCUGAUGCAACUUGAAGCCAGGGAGAUCAAGAUGAGACCAAAAAAUCUGGCAAACAUCUCAGACUCUAAGAAUUACCUUAUAAUCCAAAUCACAGAGGUACAGCAUGCAAUUGACCAACUUAAGAGAAAAUUGGAUACGGACAAAAUGAAACUCAUAAUAGAAGUUAAGAUGAGAAAACAAGCAGUUUCGGAUUUACGAACACUGAAAGCUGAACUGGCACAGAAAAAAAUUAAUCCAUCUUUACAGUCUCAAUUAGUUCCUGGAAAUGUGCAUAGCUAGAUCAACAGAUGAUUUUGUUUGUGAUGAAUCAGUCAAAUCAAAAGCUAAUGUCUGAUUAAGGGGAGCGUUGGCCGCUGCGAUACAUUCUGACCAGAUCUGACUUUGUUCAUCGUAUGACAUCACAAAGAGAAAGUCACAAGCAUCUGCAAUUCCAGUAUAGUUAUAACACCUUCUGUCUAUGCUCUUUGGAGACCAAGCUACAUCAAAGGUUACCUGUGGAAAAAACACAUAGUGUUUUAUAUACAUCCUCAAAUAUGCACGUAAAGUUAGACAUUUUAUUCUACAUUCUCUUGCCUCAUGCUACCCAAGGAAAAAGAACUAUUUACACUAUAUAAAUGUAGGGUUUGACGUAUCAGAACUAUGUUUCUUAACUGUACUCAACUGGCCAACAUACAUUUGGACAUACAGUGACCAGGAACAGGACACUACAAAGAGGGGCUUGAAACUCAAAUGUUUUCAAUUAGCUGAUGACUCAACUAAUUGAAAGAAGCCUGUUCAGUGACAAUAGGAGGUGGGAAGCAACUGGAGAGUAAAUGCUUCCUAAAAGAAUUAAAAUACAGAAGUUAGUAAAGACAGUGUGCAGGCAAAUAGGUCACCUGAUGGCACAACCUGACUGGGUUUGAGUUUAAGCUUCUGAUUCACAGCAUUAAUUGGUAGCUUUGGCCCAAUCUUACAUUACAGGGGUUACAGCUCACAGGUGUAAUCAACUCAAAAUAGUAAAGAAAUCAUUUAAAUGAUCAUUUAUGGUAAUAUUCAAAUAAAAUUUGAGUGAUUAUCUUUUACUUU